GACAAGUUUAUGGAGCUAAAGGGUGACUUGGAGGACACCCGUUCGGCAAUAAGGGCAAAGGAAGAGAAAAACCAGUUGACGAAAGAAGUAAGUUUAAUUACUCCCAUGUUACUCAGAUCUCUAUCCUUUUUCUGAUCAUGAUUUGAAGCUACAGGACUAGCUAUGAUAGACUUUCUCCAUUCCCUAUCACUAUGUGCAUUGCGUUUCUUUUUCUUUUUAUUCAUUCGGCACAGGUACUUCUGGAAAAGAUGCAGACAAUUCUCAACGAGUAAGACAUUACUUUUAAUAAUAUAAUAAUAAUAUGACGGCACAAAGGGCAAGUUAGGAGAUGAAAAGGUUAGAUAUUUGUAGAUACAACUAUAUGCCUUAAAAAAACAGCGGCGUGAUUUAAAUUUGUGCCUUAAAAAAAUACAUUAAACCUUUUCAUAGAAAAUAUGCUCCACGCUAAUGGAUAAAUGGUAACUCCUCUUUUCUCGAGGAAGGGGACUUAACCCUGUAACAAAAUAUAUGUAUCUACCGGUAUCCGCGGUCGUUUUGUACCCAAACUCAGUCGAUUCUCUCCCAGUUUAAGUCGGUUCGUACUGGUGGAUUUGUACCCAAACCGCUGAUCGAUUCUUAUCCUUUCCGGUUUAUUCAUGAUAACUCACGUGAACAGUUGUCAAUUGUUGCGUAUAACAUGUCAGUAGAAUCAAGCGAGUAAGAUACACACAAAAUUCUGUUGGGUAUACUUGAGACGAAUACUAGCGCAAGGUUAAUGUGAUAUUCUUGAUAGAGCAGUCUAUGUUUAUACUAGCCUGCUGUACAGGCGUCUUAUUAGGACGAGCUAACAUUAUAAGUUUGCGAACGUUUAUCCGACCGGCCAUGUUUGAUUUGGGGUCAGGGUGGAGGGUGGGGGAAGGGGGCGGGGAAAGGGCGAGAAGAUGCCUGCCCGAGGAGACUGUUGAAAACCAAAACACCCGCUGAUUAGUUGCGCGUCAUUGCAUUUCCGAAAAUGAGCUGGUAACCAAUCAAAAUGAGCCAAAUUAGAAAUCCCCCGACAGAAACAAAUGCAUAUAUAGCCGAUGAGUGAAACGGUAAGGCAGUUUUUUUUUCAGCCAUGAAAGAAAUGGCUUCGACAAAACCUCCUCCGCAGACACAAAUAUGAGCUGAUAUUUGCUGCACACUACAUUUUCUAAACGAAAAUCCUCGAGUGUAGCUGCCGUUAAUCUAUUUGACAGUUUCCCUUCUAUUUUAUCGUAAACGAAACUUGGAAACAACAAACGACUGCACUCGAAGGUUACCCGCCAUGAUUUGGUUUGAUGCAAACCAAAAAUGGUUUCACCAAAACGUUUUCUGCUGACGCAAAUACGAGUGGAUAUUUUCCACACUCUAUAUCAUCCAAAUGACAAUCCGUGAGCGUAGUUACCGUUAAUCUGAUCGAAGAUGUUCAUUCCAUUUAAUCAUUACCAGUACGUUAAGGCGGACAAACGACAACUACGCUCGCAGCUUUCCCGUCAUUAUUUCUUUCAUAACAACCAACAAUUGAAAUAUCAGGCUUUCCUAAAAGCCAGUUGGUAACACGCCCAAUAGAUCUCCUCCAAAAGCAGUGUAGAAGUUGCUUCUUUUUGUCCCGAUCUUAAUGCGCGAGGCAAAUUAAAUCCUGAAGGAUUCUUAAGUGCUUUCCCUACGGCGGAAUUGAAACUAACAACUUCAUCAUUUACAGAGUUUGCCAUCUUUCGAAUUUCCCCGAAAGAACAAAAUGUCCAAAUGACACACUUGGCUUGUGAUUGACAUCUGGAGCUUAAUCUCUUAACCCCACUCCUCUCCUGAAUUUUAACCGUCGACCGCCCCCUUAGGACAAAUUUCUUUCUCUCCCCAGCCUUCCGCUGCCAUUAAAAUCUAAGAUAGCGGCCAUAAUUUUCGUUAAGAAAAUACUGAGCACUCGCUCGCCAAAAUUACGCAUGCUCUGCAGGCUAUGUCUAUAAUUGUGACCUUCUUAACAGUAAAAGCUCGUGUAAGUGUGUUUUUUACCCUUAGUUCUCAACAGUUAUAAAUUCUUUUAUUCUAACAAAGAGAAACAAACAAAAUUAGUAUUAACAGAUAAAAUGAUAACAAUUUCGAUCCAUUUUCGAAAGGAGUCUACUAACAAAAGGCCUACAUUUUUACUUCAUCAUCCGUUCAUUUGAACACUACAAACCACCAAUCCAAAGUUAUCAGUCAAGGAAAACUGUGGCCAUCCAAUAUUACCACGUUAACAAAUUUUAUUUAACCCUGUAAUAUUUUAAUUUACGACAAUAAAACGACCUUGCUUUAAACAUACUUAGCAUGGAAAAAAUAUUUUGUUGGUCUGGGUACGAAACGACUCACCUAGCUGGAUGAAAAACGACCGAGAGGGGGACCAAAUGACUGGGUACGAAACGACCAUCGGUACGAGACGACUGUGGGUACAAAACCGCCUGGGAACUCAUGUAUACAUCCAUUUUUCCUCAAACACAGAAUUACAGCCUUGGAAAAUGAUAUCCUACUGUUUAUGGAUAAACUGGAUAAUUUCUGUGAUAGCUGCCCAACGGUAUGAUGACCCUUUUUCAGUUUAAAAGAAAACUGUUUGUAGUACAGUUAACGCCCAAUCUAAAUGGUUUAGUCGCAUAGGCUCUUUCAACCACGAGAUUCAGGUUAAGCGAGAAAAGAUUACGCAGUAUUUCAAUUUCAUAAAUUGAUUACAACCUACGUGGAAUCCGUUGUUUUUGGAGGCUUAUUUUUUUUUGACGAAUCAGAACGUCUAACGAACUAUAGACAAUAAUUAUUAAUUGCCUUAUGACAAAAUCUGUAAAUCCGACGUCGUGUUUCCUUGCUUGGGUUGUGACUCAAUGCGCUCUUCGAGCAAAAACUUGGUUACUCCAUCGAAGUGCAGUCAUUUCAUUAAUUUACCAAGAAGGUUGACAAGCACUUAAGUUAAGUUAAACUUUAUUUUGCUUUGUUCAUUCACAGGACCGUUGCCAAUUUAUUUCAGGUCGAAAUAGCAACCGGUGAGUGGUAUCACAAUUAUACUACAAUGAUUUAUGUAACACUAAACGCUUUCUUCAUACCAAUUGCACUGUAUCCUUAGGAUGAAAUUUCCACUUAUUGGACUUUCGUCGAACUUUCAUCCUACGAAUGAGGUGGCUGACAGAAUUUUGUAUGUUGUAGUCAAAAAACGGUGUUUUUCAUAAUCAGCAAAUCCUAAACAAAAAGGAAAUUAAGAUUAGCAGCUGACUUCUGUUUCAGCAAAGAAUAAUGCCCAUUGACUUAAAGACCAUAGUUGCAGAGCCAAUCAGUGGCCAAUAAAUCAUAGGAAGACAAAUAUUUGCUCUAUUGGUAUUGAGCUGACUGAAAUUUACCAAGAAGGCAUUAACUUUCUUUUGUUGCGAAACUCGUGGAUUUUAAAACUUUGAAACGACGUACGAUGAAUCCUGGAAACCGGAGUUUGAGUCCAUUGGCAAACUAUGCCGGCUGGUCUCAUGAGCAGAUCAAGCCCUGACGACAUUUGACAGCUUUGAAAUUUUAAGCAGAUGCAAAAAUUGUCAUGACACAAUUUGUCGCUCAAAACCGUUGUGGUCCAUAACAGUGUAACAUCAUUAAUGAUGAAAACAAAUUUGCAGAAAGGAGGGCCAGUUCAUCGGGUUCCGUGUGCUAAAUCUGGGGAGAAACUGCAAGAAUUCUUUCAGAGUGUAUACGUGUUGUUUUGUAAUAUAAACACUAUAACGUAUUUUAACUCCUUUGAAGCAACGCGAUAUGUCUGUAAUGACCAGAGUGCCGAAUUUUAUUCUUUGAUUUUAUUUGAAUUUUAUUCUUCUCCUUUUCAUCUCCACACUGAGCGUAGUUCAUAAUCUCAUAUUUCAGCGUAAAUUAUCGAGAAGGCACCUUCUGAUCACCUUUGUUUACUUUGUUAGUCACGCAAGCGCGCAAGUGUUACGACCGAUCACGUUUACGCACGUUUUAGGACAACUCGGCAUCUAUUCUCCAUUCGGCUGUUAUGGAAACCUAAAAUCCUCAACGUAGAAGAUAAACGAACGAAGUUUGAACGGUCAAAAGGAGAUCUUUGCCAAUUUUCAGUAUUAUGCAAAUACUCUUUGACACGAGCCCAAUUGAGCAAACAUAUGGAUUUGCGUUGUUUUUAAGAUGUUGGUGGAUGGAAGCUUGAGAUAUACCCGCGAGUUUGAGGCUAUCCUUGACCUCAUUGGUGUAUAAACUAUGCACUGAUAUGCUUCUUCAGCCCGAUUAAGGCUUGCAUUUUGAGAAUUCUUUGGUACAAAUUAAUGAAUUUUUGAUAUGCAAAUUAAGGUCGAAGAGAAGGGUCUCUUCUGAUCACGCUGGUACAAAAAUAUUUUUGAUGAUGUCUGCAUAUUUUGUUUUUGGACUAACUGAAUACAUCUUGUAGCAAGAUAGAAUUCCAUGAGCUAUAUCAUUGCAGUCGUUGCGCGCUGGACAAAAUCUGUGAAAUUUACACUUUCGAUCGCUGUCCACAGGGGUGGUCUGGCCAAAAAUCAUUUUUGGCUUGUGACGCAAAAAAAGAGAAUUGGAGAACAACUAAACUAUUUUUGAAACAUGUGUCCUAAACCCUUUUCAUGGGCCAAAAAAAAAAAAUUUUCCGACGGGAAGUCGAGAGGACCGCUCUUAGCGAGAGAGCGGCACUUAAGUAAAAAAGCCCUCGAACAAAACAUGCAGACAAGGAAGAACUUAAAUUGAAUUCAGCUUUAAACUGAAAAUUGAAACUUGUGUAUUUGGGAAAGUAUAAUGCUUUUGAAAUAUUCCAACAGACUGGAGCGGUUGAAGAAAGUUGGUGGCAUGAUGAAGGAGCGAUACGAUAAAAUUGAAGCCGAGGAACCUGCUAAGGUACAGCUUUUGUAGGACGACAGUAUGCGUUCAAAUGCAAAAUAUGUUUUCUCGUCAAUAUGGGUUAGAAGCUUCAGUUUAUAGCAAAAUGAAUGAAGAGUUCUGAUCAUGAAGAAACACAAUAUUAAUUCAAGUAACAGUAACAAUAAUAAUAACAGUGCAGAACUGAAAAGGUGAAAACUAUUACCUUCGAAAGUGACACGAGGUUUAUGUAAGAAACGAGAAACUGUUUUGGUAAUCAAAACUGAAAUAAAAACUCUUGAAAAUCUAAAAACUGAUCUAAAAACCUUUACUUUCAACAUGAGAAAGAAUUCAAGUUAGUACUUUAUCCCAAUUCAAGCGAGGAAAAUGUUCCUUAACGACUUGCCCCAAGGGAAACAAUUUUAAUUAAAAUUUCGUUCCCCGAAAAACUCCAAACAUUUUUAAAAUCGUAUCAUUUCAGACUUAAUUAUUGAAUACCGAGUCGUGAUAUUUUGUUCCUUGAAACAGGCGUUAUUGACCGCAAGGCAUUAUACAGGUGGAAAAGACUAUCUUGGUGCUCUUGGAUGAAUAAAACAAAUG